UAUGUAUGUGUUUGACUGAGUCUGCCAUGUUUUUUUAUAAUUUGGACUAAUUUCUGUGUUUUAUUCAAUCGUUUUGUGAGUCUAAAAAUUAAAUAUUUCUUGUCGUAAAAACAUCUAAAAGUUCAGUAUUAUAAUUUGUGUUUUAUAUUAUCUUUCUAUUAUUCCGGAUCAUAAUGACCAUUCACCCAAUCAAGAAUGUGGAAAAGAGUGAAGCUGAUGAUGGUGGCAAGUUGACGCCCCCUGAAGUUGUUACCACUGACGCUGUUCUCCUCUUGGACACAAACAGAUUGGAGCAUUCCCUAGCUAGCCAAGCUGCUAAGCAAGCAAAACAGGAGCUUUUCACAAGGGAGCUAAUUAGGACAAGACGUGCUGGUACCUUGCGUCUUCUCGCUAUCUGUCUUCUUAUUCCAAUUGCGUUGGUCCUUCUAUGUGGUUGUGUUUUGCUCUACAAACAUGUCAACCACAAUAAGCCGGAGAUGAGCUACUAUGGAAGAUGUGGUGUGGAUUUUCAUGAGGUGAACUUAAUGAUAAAGGACCUGGAGCUUCCGCCGAAUGGCUACUUUGAGCAAGAGGUUGAAAUUGAGAAGGAUGUAGAAAUUAUAAGAGUUCCUCCAUUGGGCAAAAAAGUUCUACCAUCUGUCACUAUAUAUGAUUUUUCUGCUAACUAUUCGACAGUGGAAGACGAAGUAAACAGGUUGUGCUACAUAAUGCCCAUGGACAAGUCAGCAAUCCAACAACCUAGAAAUUUUCUGGAUACUAUUGAUAUGACAUUGAAGGUUUUUAGGAUGAUGGAGAUGGUUGAUACAAAGUACGAGGUCCAGGUGCCACAACUUACUGAAGAAGAGCUGAAGAAAUAUGGAGAGAGAGCUUUUAAAGCUUGUAAGAACUACCGUUCAUUUUUGCUUGUCAAGAAGAACUCAUCUCAAAAGUCGUCUGAAUCGUCACCUAAAUCAAAAAAGACAAUCAUAAAGAGGGAGGCACCAUGCCCCUUCCAGGGCCUCAAAUAUUGUAAAGGGGUAACCAAGGAUGGGUCACUCAGUUGUUUCUCCAUUGAGGGGUGUACCUAAAUACCUUCUCAUUAUCAUUGUUGAUCGGUGAAGAAGAUGAUGAUGCUGAUAUGAUGUUGAUGGCAAAUUAAUAUUGACUAAUUGGAGAAACAAUUAUAAUGAUAAUUAAUUAAAUGAUUGUAUUAAUAUGAAUGGGAAGCUGAUCGUUAUAAUUAUUAAUGAUAAUUGUUAUCGGUGAGAUAACGGUGAUGAGAUACUGAUGUGAUGAUUAGAUGGUGAUAAUGAUCACAUGCGUUUCCUAUGGUAAAAAAAGGUGAUGAUAAAACUAUUUACAUUUACAAACUUGAAUAAGAAUAUUUGUAUAUUAUAUGAUGUGUGUAUGUUAUAUAUAUACAUUAUACAUACAUACAUAUGUAUGUAGCAUAUAUUUAUAUAUAUACAUCUUUGUUUAUCUUUACCAGAAACUGUUGACUCUAGAAGUAUGUGUGUGUGCAUACUUACAUACGUGUAUAAAUUUCUAUAUACUAGCAUACUUUUAUAUGCAUAUAUCUAUAUUAUAACUAUAUCUAUAUUAUAUAACUGUAUGUAUGCGUAAAUAGAUAUUGACAAUAUUCCACAUAACAAUUAGCUCUGCUUCUAUAAAUCUUUUUUUUUCUUAGAUUUUCAUUCGUUUUUUCUAUGAAUUUCAUUAUGACAAGACUGUUGUUAUUUGUCACGAGGCAAGAUAAAUUUUCUGCAUUUUAACACAUUUUGAAAGAUUUGUAUUAGUGCACGUCUGUUGCAUUUGAAAACAAGUUUUUUUUUGUGAAAACAAAUUUUU